AUGAGUAUCAUGGGUGCGUAUUUAAGAAUGGACGUGAGUGCUACCGUAUGCUUGGUUCUUUGCGUCAUACUAAUAAUAAUUUUCAUUUGGUUGCCGGAAUCGCCACAUCAUUUCAUCAAGAUUAAACAGGAGUCUAAAGCGCGAAUCUCGAUACACUGGUAUCAUCGUGAUUGCGAUGUAGAAUCGGAACUGCAAGCACUGAAGCUCUUUCUCAAAAAGAAUAGCAGCUUACCAUUUGCAGAAGUUAUAAAAGAAUUCAAAAUUCCAUAUAUUUGGAAAGCACAAAUACUCGUAUCGCUACUCUUCAUGUAUCUUCAAUGCGGCAUAAAUAAUGUAUUAUUCUACAUGGAGACCAUUCUGAGACACACCAAAGUGACAGUCAUAAAACCGUCAAUGAUCGUAAUUAUCGUUACUGCUAUCGGGAUUGUCGGCUCUAUGCUUUCUAUGCUCUUAAUCGAUAAGUUCGGCAGGCGAAUCCUAAUAAUCCUCUCCACCUUAGCUGUCACGAUCUCGCUAAUCUGUCUAGGUAUACAAUAUCAGCUUCUUGAUGCAGGUUAUAAUCCCGCUACUCUUCAGGCUCUACCGAUUUGUUCAGUGUUGCUCUUCCAGAUAGCUUCAUACGUAGGUCUCGUCUCGAUACCUAACACGGUACUGGGUGAGAUCUUUCUGCCACAUAUUAAGUGCGUAGCUAGCUGUUUCGCCAGCAUCAUCUGUGCGAUAUCCUCCUUUAUCUCCACAUCGACAUAUCAGCCUUUAAUCAAUUUAAUCACAGAAAAAUACUUAUUCUACGUGUAUGCUUUGUUAUUGAUAACUGCUGUACCAUAUAUCUAUUUCUGCAUGCCCGAGACUAAAGGCAAGUCGUUGCAAGAGAUUCAAAAAGAACUGGACGGAAGAACUAAACAGUUAGUUGAAUCAAUUUGA